AUGCCUUCGUCAGAAGCAUUAAUUCGCUCACGCGGCGUAAUUAAGGGAAAAUUGACAAGAGUAGAAGGUUUCGUAAGGGAUUUUAACCCAGAUACGCAAAACAUAAAUGAACUUGAAACACGCUUAGAUUACUUAGAAGCUGCGUUUAGAGACUUUGAAAAUACGCAAUUACAAAUCGAACUCGCAGCCGAUGAUAAUUCGGAAGAUCAAACCGAAGAACGCGAUAAGUUUGAGUCGCGGUAUUUCGCGGUCGUAUCAACUAUCAAAACUCUGAUACAAGAACUAAAUGAGCGUAAAGGUUCGAAGGCAGGUAAACCCACAUCUACAAAUUCAAACGAAAACAACUCGUCAAACGAAUUAAACAUAAAACUACCUGUGUAUAAUCUACCCACGUUUGCGGGAUCCUACAAAGAAUGGUUGUCGUUUUCUGAUCAAUUUAUAUCCGUAAUCCACAAUAAUGACAAAUUAGACAAGUGCAACAAAUUCCACUACUUGAAAUCGUGUUUAAAAGGCGAAGCCCUUAAGGCAAUAGAGGCAUUAUCAAUAUCAAACAAUAAUUACCAGAUCGCUUGGGACCUUUUAGAAAAACGGUACGCGAACGAGAGACUUAUUGCCCAAGAGCAUGUUUAUUCUAUUUUAAGCUUCCCAGUAAUUACCAAACCGUCGCAUACCUGUUUACGCGAAUUAAUUGAUAAUUUAACAACAAAUAUAGAGGCACUUAAAACUUUAAAGGUACCGGUAGAAAGCUGGGACGCUAUCUUAAUACCAAUUAUUAUUGAAAAAUUAGACUUCGUCUCGAAAAGAGAUUGGCAAGCUCAAUUAACUUCGGCAAUCCCAACAUAUUGGGAAUUCUUAAAAUUUCUAGAAAAACGACAUCAAAUCUUAGAAUCGCUAUUUCAUACUAGCAAACAAACAGCUGUUCUAAAAACGCCGAGCGCAAACUUUACUCGAGCCCAAAAUUUAAGAUCAAAUAAUUACGCGACUACAUCGACCUCUAAUAGUGGUAGUAAACAAAAAUUUUGUGUCUAUUGCAAGAAAAAUGAACAUUACAUAAAUCAAUGUUCAGAAUUUCUCAAACUUAACGCGGGCGAACGACGUAGAGCCGUGGAUCGAGUACGUUUAUGCAAAAAUUGCCUGAGAAACAAUCACACAUUAGAAAAUUGCAGAUCAAAUUCAAAAUGCCGAGUCUGUAAUCAGACUCAUAACACUUUACUGCAUGCAAUCGACAAUCAAGUAAGCUCACCGGAACAAUCGGAAACAGUAUCUUUGAAUUCAUAUUCUCAAAUUAAUACAUCUAAAUCGGGAAUUCUCUCCACAGCCAUAAUUUUGAUAAAAGACAAAAACAAUAAGUUUCAUGAAUGUCGUGCGUUUCUAGAUUCGGGUUCAAUGAAUCAUUUCAUAACUUUAAGGAUGUGCAAAAAACUAGGCCUUCCGUGUCAAAAAAUAGAGAUGCAAAUCGGCGGUAUCAAUCAGUCAGUUAGCAGCGUGAAUCAAUCAACACAAGUAUCAGUGAAAUCGAGAUAUAACCAAUACAAUCAGAAUAUUAGGUGCUUAGUUUUAAGUAACAUAACAGAAAACCUUCCUAUUAAUCCGAUGGAUAUGUCAACCAUAAGUGUUCCCAAAAAUAUAAAGCUUGCGGAUCCAGACUUUCAUCGGCCCGGGCCGAUUGAUCUAUUAAUCGGUGCCGAAUUGUUUUUGCCUUUAAUGUGCAUUGGACAAAUUCAUGUUGCCCCGGGGCAACCACAUUUCCAAAAAACCCAGUUGGGAUGGAUUGUUGGAGGAAACAUAAACGCAUCCGGUAAUAAACCUAGAGCCUUGUGUCAUUUUACACGUUCAGAUCAGAAAUUACACGACCAAGUAAGUAAACUGUUUGAGCUUGAGGACACUAAAAUUGUCGCCGACAAAGUUACUCCGGAAGAACGACAAUGCGAAAUCCAUUUUUCACAAACCAUUAAGCGGGAUGUACACGGGCGGUUCGUGGCGCGCCUACCUUUCAAGUGCACCCCGCCUGACUUGGGAAAUUCCCAGCAAGGCGCCCUCAGUCGGUUUCGAUCUUUAGAAAAUAAAAUGCAGAGACAAUCGGGUUUUAAGGAGCAGUACUCGGAAUUUAUGGCGGAAUACCUGGAAAUGAAUCACAUGGAACUAAUACCGGAUCCGAAUAUAAAUUUAGAAAACUCGUACUAUCUGCCGCACCACGCCGUGUUUAAAUUAUCUAGUACGACAACCAAAUUGCGGACGGUUUUUGAUGCGUCCUUUAAAACUACAACCGGUAAAAGUCUCAAUGACAAUUUAAUGAUCGGACCGGUAAUUCAAGAAGAUCUUUUUUCCAUCUUGACGAGGUUUCGAAUUCAUCCGUUUGUGGUGACGGCCGAUAUCGCGAAAAUGUACAGACAAAUCCGAAUCGACCCGCGCGACGCGGAUUAUCAGCGAAUACUAUGGCGUAAGGAACCCGACGAAGAAUUACUAACGUACAGAUUGACCACCUUGACAUACGGUACGAAACCGGCCAGCUUCAUCGCGACUCGUUGUUUGUCCGAGUUAGCCACGCGAAAUCAAGAUCUGCACCCCACAGCGAGUACUAUAAUCAAAAGGGAUUUUUACAUGGAUGACCUGUUGACGGGUGCCCAAACGAUUUCGGAAUUAAUUACCCUUCGCGAGGAGAUGUCCGCGAUCUUAAAACAGGGAGGUUUCGAAUUACGCAAAUGGGCUUCAAACGUAGCAGCCGUGCUUCCGACCGCCGAUAAUAGUCAUGGCUCUUUAGUAAAAUUGGACGAUGGCGAAUUAACAAAAAUCUUGGGUUUACUUUGGGACCCCAAAACCGAUGUUCUUAGGUACGACGUAAAACCAAUCAACGUCAAAUCAAAGGUGACCAAACGAAUUAUUUUAUCAACCAUUGCACAGAUAUUCGACCCAUUAGGUCUGAUCGGGGCGGUGAUGUUAAAGGCGAAAUUGAUAUUGCAGAAACUAUGGUCGUUAAAGAUCGAAUGGGAUGAAUCUGUGCCACAAGAUAUCUACUAUGUGUGGAGUGAAUUUAUUAAGGAAUUGUUGUAUCUUCGCGAAUUACACAUUCCUAGAAGAAUUUCCGAUCUCAACGAGAUAAUUGGGUUUGAACUGCACGGUUUUUGCGACGCCAGUAUGAAGGGGUACGGAGCGGUCGUAUAUGUACGGACGUAUGACAAAUGCGGCAAUUAUUCGGUGCGUCUACUUGGUACAAAAUCACGCGUCGCACCUCUAAAAACAGUAACCUUGCCGAGAUUAGAAUUAUGCGGUGCAUUACUCGUAUCAAAACUUAUUUGUGCCGUUAAAAAGGCGUUAAAUGUAAAUAUUACGAAACAGUAUUUGUGGUCAGACUCUAAAGUCGUUAUAGCCUGGCUAAAUAAUAGUCCACACAUGUGGCAAACGUUCGUAGCUAAUCGGGUAGCCGAAAUUCAAGAUCUUACUGAUAUAGCAGACUGGCGACAUGUCAAGGGUGAAGAAAACCCCGCGGACCUAGUUAGUCGUGGUCUUCUACCGCAAGAAUUGAUCAAUAACGAUUUAUGGUUUAAGGGUCCGACGUGGCUUUGUUCAAACUUCGAAGUAAGAUUACCAGAGAGUUCUAGCAUCACCGUCGUUCACGUUGACGAAAUGCCCGAAAAACGCAAACAUGUUGCAGGCGUAAUCGCAAUAGAAAUCAGUACGUCACUACCUAUAAUGACAAAAAUGUCGUCCUUUCACAAAUUGAAUCGUGUCAUUGCGUAUUGCUUGCGUUGGUCGGACAGACACAGAAAAUCAAAGCAGCAGUUACCAGCGGAAACUGGGCCCUUAAAGGUCCACGAAUUACGAAAGGCCAAAUUGUCAAUUAUUCGUUGGGUACAAAAAUACGCAUUUCCGGACGAAUUAAAAACUCUGGAAAGGGGAGAGCCGAUUAGCAAUAGAAGUCCAAUUCUAUCAUUAAACCCGUUCCUAUCAAAGGACAACUUGAUCAGAGUCGGCGGGCGCUUAAGAAAUGCCAGAUUGCAAUUUGACACCAGGCACCCGAUACUAAUGCCAAGUAAUCAUCAUAUAAGUAGACUGCUUAUUACCCAAUAUCACCUUGAAAAUUUGCAUUGCGGGACAGAAGGUACACUAGCGGCUCUAAGGCAAAAUUUUUGGAUCAUAUCGGCCCGUAGCGUUAUCAGGCAGAUUAUACACAGGUGUAUUCCCUGCUACCGCUAUAACCCGAAAAGAAUUAUUCAAAUGAUGGGAGAUUUACCUGCCCAUCGGCUGGAACCCAACAGACCCUUUCUCAUUUCGGGUGUGGAUUACAUAGGUCCCAUUUUAAUCAGGGAAGCUGCCGGUCGCGGAAAAAAAACAGUAAAGGCUUACAUCGCCAUAUUUAUUUGCUUCUCGACUAAGGCGGUUCACUUAGAAUUAGUCGGCAACCUGACGUCGGAAUCAUUUUUAGGGGCAUUACACAAACUGGUUUCCAGAAGGGGGCAUGUACGACAUUUAUAUUCUGAUAACGGUUCAAAUUUCGUGGGGGCAGCGAACCAAGAAAUGCAAAAACUUAAGCAGUUCCUAAAUUCAUCCGAUUUCCAGUCGAGUGUAAUAGAUGAGUUGGCCAAAAAGAGCAUCGAAUUUCACUUUAUUCCGGCGCGAUCACCACAUAUGGGCGGGUUAUGGGAAGUUAAUGUGAAAUCAGUUAAAAUGUUAAUGAAAAGAACGAUAGGACUUGCGACCUUAACUUAUGAAGAAUUGUAUACGCUCCUUACACGUAUAGAGGCAAUUUUGAACUCCCGUCCUCUCACCCCUAUUAGCAACGACCCAAACGACCUUGAACCUUUAACCCCCGCACAUUUUCUCGCAGGUGAAGCUCUGACCGCGGUCUUUGAGGGAGACGUUACGGACGUCAAGACAGGCCGUCUCUCUAGAUGGCAACAUGUCGAGCAACUACGUCAAAACUUCUGGCGAAGAUGGACCCGAGAAUAUGUCCUCCAGCUGCAGAGGAGGUCCAAGUGGCAACAACCGGGCAACAUCCCAACCAUCGGGUCGCUUGUUCUUAUCGCAGAUGACGAGCUACCUCCAUUGCGGUGGCACCUAGGGCGCGUCGCUGAAUUACACUACGGCAAGGACGGUCUUCCCAGAGUGGCCUCGUUAAACACUAACGGGGGAAUGAUAAAACGUGCCGUCCACAAACUAUGUCGUCUGCCCGUGGACAAUGACGACACGAAAGUAGUUGUGACUGAUUUUGAAUGA